AUGGGCACCGAGGAAACCCCGGAAGUUGAAGUUCUCAGGAAAAAUCUGACCCGAAACGGGCGGAUCGUGGGGGGAUAUAAAGCCCGAAAGGGGGAAUUUCCAUGGGUGGCUCUACUCCAAUUUGAUGGCGCACUCUUCUGCGCGGGAACCAUCCUUAACGAAAAUUACAUCCUGGGGGCUGCCCACUGCACGGGAGUGGAUCCCAGCAUGUUGACCGUCGUCGUGGGGGACCACAUUCAAAGCGGGGAUGAAGGCACGGAACAAGUCGUCAAAGUAGCGGAAAUCAUUCCGCACAAAGAUUUCACAAUCAAAACUUUUCUUCACGACAUUGCUCUCUACCGGCUGAAAACCCCGCUCAACUUUAGCACUCCGUACAUCAAACCGGCCCGCAUCGCGAAAGUCGACACAAAGCCGACCGAUGAUAUGUGCGGGUGGGGCGCGAUUCGAGCGAAUGCGCGCGGCAGCGACGUCUUGCUAAAGGUCGGGGUGAAACUGAGGGAAGACUCCGUCUGUGAAAAGGCGUAUCAACCCACCCCCUUAAAGUAUGCAGGGAUGGGACAGAUUUGCGUCGGCGCGGGGGGGAAGGACAGCUGUCAAGGGGAUUCCGGGGGGCCCCUGCACACCGGAAAGAAUACGGAUGAGUACACCGUCGUGGGGAUCGUCUCGUAUGGUAUUGGAUGUGCAUCUUGGGAGUAUCCGGGCGUUUACACGAAAAUAUCUGCUUAUCUGGACUGGAUUGAGAAAAACAUAAAUAACGUGGCUACCAAAGGAUGA